CAAAUUAUUAUUACUAACCCUUAGAUAUAUGAAUCAAUUUGGGCAACUUGAUUGAGUAAACCUUACCCAAAUGGGAAUAUAACAAGACAAUGACAGCUACCUUCAACAAAGACAACUAACAGCCACCUUCAAAAAUGACAACCAACAUAAAAUUUUCAUAUAUCAAGAACCAAAUCACCCAUCUCCAAUUUCAUUUUGUGAAUCCUAAAUCCAUAACAUAGCACCCUUACCUUAAACCACAUGGCAACUUUCUCCAACAUAGAUACUUUACCAGAUGAUUGUGUUUCAAAAAUUCUAUCCUACACAUCUCCACCAGACGCAUGUAGUUUCUCUAUGGUUUCCUCAACUCUUCAAUCACCUGCUAACUCUGACACACUCUGGAGAACCUUCUUACCUUCUGAUUAUGAUCACAUCCUCUCAAGAAUCCUCAAUCCUUUAACUCUACAAUCUUCUUCAUAUAAACAUCUCUUCUACUCUCUCUCCCAACAACCUCUUCUUCUAGACAAAGGCAACAUCAGUUUUAAAUUGGAUAAGUGUUCGGGUAAAAAAUCAUAUAUAUUAUCUGCAAGAGAAUUGUCAAUAACAUGGAGCAAUGAUCCAAUGUAUUGGAGCUGGAGACCAACGACUGAAUCAAGAUUUGCUGAGGUGGCAGAGCUAAGAACAAUAAGCUGGUUAGAAAUUAAAGGCAAAAUAAGAACCAAAAUUCUAACACCAAACACAUCAUACGCAGUUUAUCUCAUCACAAAGGUUUCACAUCGUGUGUACGGACUUGAUUCUGCUCCGGCUGAGGUAUCAGUUUCAGUGGCCAACAAAGUGCAAAAUUCUAAGGCAUAUUUGUAUAAUAAAUUUGAGGAUACUCUGUUUGGUGAGAACAGAAGGAAAAUGGAAGGAAAGAAAGUGAUGAUAGAAGAUGAUAGUUAUGAGGGGAUUCAAGUUCCAUUGAAAAGAGAUGAUGGAUGGAUGGAAAAUGAAUUGGGUGAGUUUUUAUCUGGUGAUGAAGAUGAUGAUGAAGAGGUUAAGAUGAGUGUUAUGGAGGUUGGUUAUAGAUUGAAGGGUGGUCUCAUUGUUGAAGGAAUUGAAGUUAGACCUAAACAUGUUUGACUAAACCAGAGGGUAAAGAUAUUCUUUUAUUUUUUAUAUAGUUUUUUUGGUACAAUAAUGGCAUGUUUUAUUGUCAAGUAAUUUUGUGAAUAAAAUAAAUACGAAAAAGAGAUGGAUAAGAGUAAGGGAAAAUAAAUAGAGGGUAAGAAAUGGAGUGGAUCCUUAUUCGAUGGAUAAAUGUGUAAUUAUAAUACCUAGUGAAUUCUUUGCAAAGUUAUAUAUUAUUAUUAUUGUAA